GCCCCUCGGCACUGCCAGGUGUGGAUCCAUGGGGUAGCCCCAACGCAUCUGCCCUUCUGCCCCAGCCAGCUCAUGCCUCAGUACCCGGGGACAGUGAACAGAGCCCUGGCUGGAGCCCAAACAUGUGGGGCCUGGUGAGGCUCCUGCUGGCCUGGCUGGGUGGCUGGGGCUGCAUGGGGCGCCUGGCAGCCCCCGCCCGGGCCUGGGCAGGAUCCCCGAGGGGCCCAGGACCAGUGCUGCUGCGGAACCGAAGGAGCUGGGUGUGGAACCAGUUCUUUGUCAUUGAGGAAUAUGCCGGUCCAGAGCCCGUCCUUAUUGGUAAGCUGCACUCGGAUGUGGACAGGGGCGAGGGCCGCACCAAGUACCUGCUGACCGGGGAGGGGGCAGGCACUGUAUUUGUGAUUGAUGAGGCCACAGGCAAUAUCCAUGUCACCAAGAGCCUGGACCGGGAGGAGAAGGCACAGUACGUGCUGCUUGCCCAAGCCGUGGACCGAGCCUCCAACCGGCCUCUGGAGCCCCCGUCAGAGUUUAUCAUCAAGGUGCAAGACAUUAAUGACAACCCACCUAUCUUUCCCCUCGGGCCCUACCACGCCACAGUGCCCGAGAUGUCCAAUGUCGGGACGUCAGUGAUCCAGGUGACUGCUCACGAUGCCGAUGACCCCAGCUACGGGAACAGCGCCAAGCUGGUGUACACUGUGUUGGAUGGACUGCCCUUCUUCUCUGUGGACCCCCAGACGGGAGUGGUGCGUACUGCCAUCCCCAACAUGGACCGGGAGACGCAGGAGGAGUUCUUGGUGGUGAUUCAGGCCAAGGACAUGGGCGGCCACAUGGGGGGGCUGUCGGGCAGCACUACGGUGACGGUCACCCUCAGCGAUGUCAACGACAACCCCCCCAAGUUCCCUCAGAGCCUAUACCAGUUCUCUGUGGUGGAGACGGCUGGGCCGGGCACCCUGGUAGGCCGGCUGCGAGCCCAGGACCCAGAUCUGGGGGACAACGCCCUCAUGGCGUACAGCAUCCUGGACGGAGAGGGGUCCGAAGCCUUCAGCAUCAGCACAGACUCCCAGGGUCGAGACGGGCUCCUCGCUGUCCGCAAGCCCCUGGACUUCGAGACCCGACGCUCCUAUUCCUUCCGCGUGGAGGCCACCAACACCCUCAUCGACCCAGCCUACCUGCGGCGAGGGCCCUUCAAGGACGUGGCCUCCGUGCGCGUGGCCGUGCAGGACGCCCCAGAGCCGCCUGCCUUCACCCAGGCUGCCUACCACCUGGCGGUGCCUGAGAACAAAGCUCCUGGGACGCUGGUGGGCCGAGUCUCAGCGGCAGACCUGGAUUCCCCAGCCAGCCCAAUCAGAUACUCCAUCCUCCCCCACUCCGAUCCAGAGCGCUGCUUCUCCAUCGAGCCCGAAGAUGGCACCAUCCGCACAGUGGUGCCCCUGGACCGCGAGGCUCGCAUCUGGCACAACCUCACAGUGCUGGCCACAGAGCUUGACAGCUCCGCACGGGCCUCCCGUGUGCAAGUGGCCAUCCAGAUCCUGGACGAGAAUGACAACGCUCCCCAGCUGGCUGAGCCCUACGACACCUUCGUGUGUGAUUCUGCAGCCCCCGGCCAGCUGAUUCAGGUCAUCCGGGCCCUGGACAGAGACGAGGUGGGCAACAGUAGCCGUGUCUCCCUUCAAGGUCCUCUGGGCCCCGAUGCCAACUUCACUGUCCGAGACAACCGAGAUGGCUCUGCCAGCCUGCUGCUGCCCUCUCGCCCUGCUCCGCCCCGCCAGGCCCCCUAUCUGGUUCCCAUAGCACUGUGGGACUGGGGGCAGCCAGCCCUGAGCAGCACUGCCACCGUGACAGUCAGCGUGUGCCGCUGCCGGCCUGAUGGCUCCGUGGCUUCCUGCCGGCCCGAGGCUCAGCUCUCACCCGCUGGGCUCAGCACUGGGGCCCUGCUUGCCAUCGUCACCUGUGUGGGCACCCUGCUCGCGCUGGCUGUGCUCUUCGCGGCCCUGCGGCGGCAGAAGCACGAAGCGCUGAUGGUGCUGGAGGAGGAGGACGUCCGCGAGAACAUCAUCACCUACGACGACGAGGGCGGCGGCGAAGAGGACACGGAGGCCUUCGACAUCAGCGCCCUGCAGAACCCCGAUGGGGCGGCCCCGCCCAACCCCGGGCCGCCGCCAACGCCCGCGCGCCGCGACGUCCUGCCCCGGGCCCGGGCGCCCCGCCAGCCCCGGCCCCCCGGCCCCGCCGACGUGGCCCAGCUCCUGGCGCUGCGGCUCCGCGAGGCGGACGACGACCCCAGCGUGCCGCCCUACGACUCGGUGCAGGUGUACGGCUACGAGGGCCGCGGCUCCUCCUGCGGCUCCCUCAGCUCGCUGGGCUCCGGCAGCGAGGCGGGGGGCGCCCCGGGCCCCGCCGAGCCGCCGGACGACUGGGGGCCGCUCUUCCACACCCUGGCCGAGCUGUAUGGGGCCAAGGAGCCCCUGGCCCCCUGAAAGCCGGCCCCAGCCCUG